GACUUCAUGUUUCCAUAUCAUGUAUCUCCCGCUUGCCGCUUGUUGGAAAUGGCAGCUAUCGCAUCUUUUUGAAUUGUUGAUUGUUCUUCGGUUUUCCUCAAAGCCCAAGAAAAUCCAUACGCCCUCAAAUCAUUUUUCUUACACUCCCAAGUUCAUCUCCUCGCAAUCUUCCCUCGUUGAUCGUCCAUCAUCCAUCCCUAUGUACAUUGCAGGGUUUUGA